UGCUGGGGCGGGGAGAGCAGGCACCCGGCUGCUGGGUUCCCGCCCACUGACGCGUCCUCCAAGGCGGCAGCUAUAACCCGCCGCUCGCGCCGCUGGCUCCAGAGCCGCGCGACGCUGCCGUGCUGGAGCGCUUUUCUUGCAGAGCCGCCAGCAGCCCGACCACGCGUUCCCGCACACUGGCUCCUUUCCCUUAAGACGGCGGACGCCGGACGAUUGGGGCGGCAACUUGCCAUUUCCUUGUUUAGUUAAAAUUUUUUUCCUGCUUCUAGUUGGAUUUUCUGUUUUGUUUUUAUUUUUUUUACGAUUUUUGUUUGACUGAGAAAAACUCACAGAAGGCGUUUGCGUGUUGUUUCCGGGAUACAGGAGUCGAGACUACCGAGGCAGCCGCGCGGGCCCGUGCAUCUCCAAGGACAAAAGGAGCCCAGCAUUACUCGGUGCGCCUGAUUCCUUCUGCAACCCAGCAUGAAGAAAGCCGAAAUGGGAAGGUUCAAUAUUUCCCCAGAUGAGGACAGCAGCAGCUACAGUUCCAACAGUGACUUCAACUACUCCUACCCCACCAAACAAGCUGCUCUGAAAAGCCAUUAUGCAGAUGUAGAUCCUGAAAACCAGAACUUUUUACUUGAAUCGAAUUUGGGGAAGAAGAAGUAUGAAACAGACUUUCAUCCAGGUACUACUUCCUUUGGAAUGUCAGUAUUUAAUCUGAGCAAUGCGAUUGUGGGCAGUGGAAUCCUUGGGCUUUCUUAUGCCAUGGCUAAUACUGGAAUUGCUCUUUUUAUAAUCCUGUUGACAUUUGUGUCAAUAUUUUCCCUGUAUUCUGUUCAUCUUCUUUUGAAGACUGCCAAUGAAGGAGGGUCUUUAUUAUAUGAACAACUGGGACAUAAGGCAUUUGGAAUGGUUGGAAAGCUUGCAGCCUCUGGAUCCAUUACAAUGCAGAACAUUGGAGCUAUGUCAAGCUACCUCUUCAUAGUGAAAUAUGAGUUACCUUUGGUGAUCCAGGCAUUAAUGAACAUUGAAGAUACCACUGGAUUGUGGUAUCUGAACGGUGACUAUUUGGUUCUCUUGGUCUCACUGGUGCUCAUUCUUCCCUUGUCACUGCUGAGGAAUUUAGGAUAUUUGGGGUACACCAGUGGCCUUUCCUUGUUGUGUAUGAUGUUCUUUCUGAUUGUGGUGAUUUGCAAGAAGUUUCAGAUUUCUUGUCCUGCAGAAGUUGCUUUUCUAAUUAAUGAAACAGUAAACAGCACCUUAGCACAGCCAACAGCUUUUGCACCUGAUGUGGCUUUUAAUAUGACUGAAGAUGAUUCUUGCCAACCACAUUAUUUUAUCUUCAACUCACAGACUGUCUAUGCUGUGCCAAUUCUGACCUUUUCAUUUGUCUGUCAUCCUGCUAUUCUUCCCAUUUAUGAAGAGCUUAAAGGCCGCAGCCGUAGAAGGAUGAUGAACGUGUCCAAGAUUUCAUUUUUUGCUAUGUUUCUCAUGUACCUGCUUGCUGCCCUCUUUGGAUACCUGACGUUUUAUGAACACGUUGAGUCAGAAUUGCUUCAUACCUACUCUUCCAUCAUGGGAACUGAUGUUCUGCUUCUCGUCGUCCGUUUGGCUGUGUUGAUGGCUGUCACCUUGACAGUACCUGUAGUUAUUUUCCCAAUCCGGAGUUCCGUAACUCACUUGCUGUGUGCAACCAAAGAUUUCAGUUGGUGGCGUCAUAGUAUCAUUACAAUGUCUAUCUUGGCAUUUACCAAUUUACUUGUCAUCUUUGUACCAACUAUUAGGGAUAUAUUUGGUUUCAUUGGUGCAUCUGCAGCUGCUAUGUUAAUUUUUAUUCUUCCAUCGGCCUUUUAUAUCAAGUUAGUGAAGAAAGAACCUAUGAAGUCUGUACAAAAGAUUGGGGCUCUGUUCUUCCUGUUAAGUGGCGUAGUGGUGAUGACCGGAAGCAUGACCUUGAUUGUGUUGGAUUGGGUCCACAAUGCCCCCGGAGGUGGCCAUUAACCAGCACCACUAAAACUCGGUAGUCCAUUUGAUGCCAGUGUUGAGUCAACUCUCAACUGCUAUGAAAUUUCACCUAAUGUUUUCAGUUUCACUUCCUUUUGAAGUGCAGAUUCCUCGCUGGUUCUUCUGAGUGCAGAAUAAGUGAACUCUUUGUUUGUUUUGUUUUGUUCUUCAAGAAACUAUUCUGUAUGAUAGAAAUGGAUAUUAACAACAAAACCACGAGUCUCGGGUUAAGGGAAGUGACAAUUUUAUUCCAUUCCAGAGAAUGGACGAACUCUUAACUUUAAUCAAGCCACAUGUUUGGCUGUGUCAUUGUUUAACUUGGAUAUUUUAUGAUUUUACUUGAAUGUGCCUAAUGGAACCAUUCGAUGUGAGAAACAAUUCUUCUUAAUUUACAGCAAAGUAUUGAAAUAACCAUUGGGAAAAAUACUAUUAUUUUUUUGUACCAAAAAUAUUUAAAGACCUCAGAAGCACUAUUUUACUCUUUAAAAAUUGCUUUUUUUGAACUUUAUCCAAAAGCAGUUGUCAAUGAAUUCUGUUAAAAAAAAAUUCAUUGUUAUUUAAAAACAAAUACUAGUAUUAUGAAAUGAUUUGCCUUUUUGUAGGCAUACUAAGCCAAAUACUUUUUUUACCCAAAAUAAUUUUUAGAGAAAAUGAUGUAAUGAGAAAUUGUACCAUGAAUAGGAGCACAGUUUUUUUUUCCAUUCAGACUUCACCGUGAAAGGAUAAUUGGUUGAUUGUGGCUACACCAAAUCAGAUGAACUCUCAUCAUCACCUUUCUUCUCUGUCCCCAAAUAAUUUGGUUCAUUUAGACUCUGAAAUAUUUAUGGCUUCAAUCUAUUAGCAUGGAAGAUAAUGCAGAUAUUUCUGUGGGAAAUAAAAUAACUAAUUUUGAGGUACCAAAUAGUGCAAUUGGGUAAAACAGGGUUUAUUCAGUUGCAUCUGCCUCCAGAGUUGUAUUAACAGCUCCGGGUUUUUUUUGGGCCAGCCCUUUUUUGGCAUUGCUUCCAGCAGUGGGAAAUGGGCAUUUGAUGGCUGUAGGCCAAAACUAUUCUACCCAGAGAGUACAACUUUUCAAAAUGCUCAUCUGCUCCUGGAAGUGUGAAUUACUUGACAAUGUAUGGUUUAGUUGUGUUCAUGUUUUGUCUACAGUAGAGGUCUAAUCCAUAGGUUACACCAAUAUUUGGUAUAAUAUACGUUCUCUUCAUAUAGGCCACUGGGUUUCUCAUGCAGUAAGCUUUUUAAAAAACUCAUGUGCACUGGAUUGUCAUCUCAUUCUUGUACAACAUAGAAUUACUUGUUUACAUCCAACAAAUGGUUAGCUAGGGAAAACAGUGCAACCUGAGUGUAACUAUUGGUCCGACUGCAUGAUCACCUUUCCUAUUUUAAUCCCAGUUAGAAGUGAAAAGAUUAUUUGGCUUUAAGAGCACAUUUAUUGUACGUCAUGGUGUAUGGUGAAUAUAUUAUUAAAUAAUGUGGUACUUUGCUCAUCAGGCAUAA